CCUUCUCCCUUUCAGCUCCUCCAUCCCUCCCCUAGUCGUCGCAAACUCGGAGAAGGAAUCUUCUUCUUUCUUCACUUAACCUUUUGAUUCUCGCGCUUCUUUGCUAGCUUUGACUCAAAAACUUUUGUGUCCCUGAGGUCGAAACUCUGAUAUCUGGCCCUGGUUCUUGGAUUGGCUUUCUCCCAUAACCACCCCUUCUUCCCUGCUUUCAAAAGGACUGGCUGCGUGAGUGUCCUGGCCGCUGAGAUCAUUCAACAUCGUAUCGUACCAUUCAAGCCCGUACACUCAUCGCCCUCUUCUUCUCAAUUGCUCUGAUUUUGACUGUUUUUUUAAAUUUUUUUUUUUUUUGUUUUUUUUUUCAAUGCUAGGAGUGUCGAUCCUAGCCUUCCAGCGGACAUAAAAGCUCUGGCCCUCACUUAUCGAAAAGAGCCCCUCCAGAUUUUCCACAACCACCACCGGGAAUGUUCCCAGUUUCAGUCUCUCGCCAUGUAUCCCAUGGUUUGAGGACUGCUUUUCCCCGAAAACUCACCAUCACAAUCCCAACAACCCGUCUAACCCCCGUCUCAACCCGCUUCAUCUCUUCUACCCCCUCCCUCUACGAUUCCAACAAAAACCCGCCAAAUAACAGCAAGAAGUAUCCCUCUGAGUCAUCCUCUGCAGCUGCCAGUGUCGAGGAAGCCACUGAACAUGAAGGCCGCUACGCUCGCACGGACGAAAGCGUUCGCGUGGAAUAUCCCCCAGACGAUGAGAUGCCCCCUACUCCUGUAGUCCAAGGCCGCGGAGGAAGGCAUUUCAAGCGAACAUUGGCGUCAUACUCGCUGGAGGACCGUGUCUCGGUGGUCACCGGUGGAGCAAGAGGACUGGGAUUGGUCAUGGGACAAGCGCUGGUGGCGUCCGGUUCGGAUUUGGCAAUUGUGGACUUGAACAUCCAAGAGGCGCAAGAACAGGCCAAGAACAUGCUCGCCCAGUUCCAAGCUGAGAAUCCAGGUCUCGACGAAAGAUCGCUUCCUAAAAUCACCGCCCAUCAGGCCGACGUCGGCAACCCAGAUUCUGUGGAUAGCAGCGUCGCGGAGAUCCUCAAGGAGCACGGCCGUAUCGAUCAUCUGGUCACAUCUGCGGGGUUCACUGAAAACUUUGACGCCGUGUCCUACCCGCAUGAUCGCAUGCAGAAACUCUGGUCCGUCAACGUUGAUGGGUCAUAUCUUUUUGCAGUUGCUGUUGCCAAACAUCUGAUGGCUCGCAAGUCGCCUGGCAGCAUUGUGUUCAUUGGAAGCAUGUCUGGUGCCAUUGUUAACGUGCCUCAGCCACAAGCGCCGUACAAUGCUGCAAAGGCUGCGAUAAGGCACUUGGCUGCUUCCUUGGCAGUUGAAUGGGCAAGUGUGGGAAUCAGAGUGAACUGUAUCAGUCCAGGAUACAUGUUGACUGCCCUGACCCGCAAGAUUCUUGACGACAACCCUGAUCUCAAAGAGAAGUGGACCUCCCUCAUUCCACAAGGCAAAAUGGGUACACCUGAAGACCUCAUGGGCCCAGUGACGUUCUUAUUGAGUGAUGCGAGCAAAUAUGUUACUGGGGCAGAUUUGAGGGUUGAUGGCGGGUACACUUUGACAUAAAGUCAAUAAAUGCCCACUCAAAUCACCCACCCCUUUUCCCUUCGAGUCCAAGUUUUCUCAGUCGGUUAGGUCUAUUGAAGGGAUGGUAUUGUAACAUUGGCAUUGGUGUUAGGUUGUUUGAACAUGGGUGUGGAUAUUCAGCUAGACUAGGGGGUUUUUUUGCUUCCUUCAUAGAACACUCGUAUCGUCCUCACAGACUUAAA